AUGAAUAUUCUUGGUCCUGAAGUACCAUAUCUCAAUACAAUCGGAGCGUUUAUGUAUCUUGAUAAUUUCACUCGUCCGGACAUAUCCUUUUCGGUAAAUUUAUUAUCAAGAUUCAGUUCAUCUCCUAUGAAGAGACAUUGGAACAUAAUUAAAUAUAUAUUUCGUUAUCUUCAUGGAAGCACUGAUCUUGAUUUAUUUUAUUCUAAUGAUUCGAAAUUAGAAUUGAUUGGUUAUGCAGAUGUAGAUUAUUUGUUUGAUCCUCAUACGAUUAGGUUUCAAACUAGAUGUGUAUUUACAAGUGGAGCCACUUCAUCAAAUCAUGUUGAACUUAUUGCAUUACAUGAAGCAAGUAGGGAAUGUGAAGGGUACGUCGAGAGUGAUAGAACCAAACAUAUACCUAUGAGAUUCGUUUCAUACACUCAAGAACUCAUAAAUAAUCAAGAAAUUGACAUCCAAUAUGUUCAAUCAAAUGAUAAUUCAUCUGAUAUCUUCACGAAGUUACUUCCUACAGCAAUAUUUAGAAAACAUGUUCAUAAUAUUGGAAUGCGCCAUCUGCGAAAUAUGUGA